UCUCGUUUCGGCAGUAGUUGAUAUGCUGAUAGCGUGUCGGGCGCAUUAAAUCGGGCGCGUAUUAGAUUAAAAUAUAAUAAAAACAAUGUUCUUAAUACUUGUGUUUCUUGCCUCAGUAAGUCUUUAUUUAUAUGGAACGAGGACUUUUAAUUACUGGAAGAAAAGGGGCAUCAAACAUGAUAGACCAGUUCCAAUAUUUGGAACGAAUAUGAAGCAGUUCAUGCAAAAAGCGAGCAUGGCGACGGUGGCUACUGAAACGUACAACAAGUACCCAGAAGAAAAAGUCGUAGGUUUCUUCAGAGGAACAGAUCCAGAGCUGGUAAUACGAGACCCAGAAAUCAUUAAGCGUAUCCUUACAACGGAUUUCCAAUAUUUUUACGCCAGAGGCUUCCACCCCCACAAAACAGUUAUAGAACCACUAUUAAAAAAUCUUUUUUUUGCUGAUGGAGAUUCAUGGCGCCUUAUCAGACAGAGAUUCACUCCCGCUUUCAGUACUGGAAAAUUGAAGGCCAUGUUCCAUAUCAUCACUGAUAGAGCAGAAAAGUUGCAAGUGAUAACCGAAGAAAUUGUAGACAGAGAAUUCUAUGACGUCAGAGAACUCAUGGCCAGAUAUACUACUGAUUUUAUUGGUGUGUGUGCUUUCGGUAUUGAUAUGGAUUCCUUGACUGAUGAGAACUCUCACUUUAGGAGACUAGGUAAAAGAAUUUUCGAACGGAGGUUCAGAGAUGCUAUAAUAGCUGCAGUGAAAAUCAUGUUUCCGGAACUGUUUAAAAACUUACACUUUUUAGCACCUGAAUUGGAGAUAAAUAUGAAGCAUUUGGUCCAAACUGUUUUAAAGAAUAGAAACUAUAAGCCGUCCGGUAGGAACGAUUUCAUUGACUUAAUGUUGGAACUUAGAGAGAAGGGUAAGAUUAUUGGAGAGUCCAUUGAAAAGAAAAAUCCCGAUGGAACUCCUAAAAUGGUGGAGCUUGAAAUGGACGACAUGCUAAUGACUGCCCAAGCGUUUGUUUUCUUCGGAGCAGGAUUUGAAACUUCGUCUACUGCUUCAAGUUUUACUUUACAUCAACUAGCAUUCCACCCUGAAUUUCAAGAAAAAGUACAAAGGGAAAUCGAUAUCGUUUUAUCAAAACAUAAUAAUAAGAUCACUUACGACGCCAUAAAAGAUAUGAAAUAUUUAGAGAUGGCAUUUUAUGAGUCAAUGCGGAUGUAUCCUUCAGUGGCUUAUUUAAUCCGAAUGUGCUGUGUCCCAGAAUAUACGAUUCCAGAAAUUGAUCUGACUAUAAACGAAGACGUUAAAGUGAUAAUUCCUAUUCAAGCAAUUCACAGAGAUGAGAAGUACUUCAGAGAACCGCACAAGUUUGAUCCUGAGAGGUUUGCUGAUGGUGCUAAAGAAGCUAUAAAGAAUUUCGUAUAUUUGCCAUUUGGGGAGGGACCUAGAGCAUGUGUUGGUGCAAGGUUAGGUCAAAUGCAGUCAAUGGCUGGAUUGGCAGCAGUUUUGGCAAAAUAUUCCGUCGGACCGGCUGCUUGCAGUUUACAAGUACCAUUACCUGAGCCGACGGGUACCGUUUCCGAAGGCUUUGUUGGCGGUCUACCUCUGAAACUUAGACGACGAGACGUUUUUUAUAGUCCAUAAUUAUAAUUCUGAAUAUUCACUAAUGCUGUUGCAGACUGAAAAUUUGAAUGAAGAUUUAGAAUUAGGUAGCUAGUCUAAUGUGACUCAUAUACUUAUUUUACAUAUACUUAUUUUAGUAAAACUUAGAUAAGCUAAAACAUUUAAUUUGUUUAAGUUGGUAAUUCUUAAGCACUAAGAUAAUUAUCUAAAUUAGUCUGCAUUUCCAGAGUUUUUGUUAAUAUUAUUAUUUUAAAAAUGCAUUUUUUUUAAUUCCACACUUGAGAUGAUUCUAUAAUUAAAUGGAUUUCAUGAAACAAAAACCGUACUAAAAAAAAUCGGCUUUAAAAGCUUUGUAUAUAAAAUAAAUAAAUUUAGUAUAUCAAUAA